AUAAUUUACGAGGAGUACCUGAAGGCAGCAGGGAAAGCUUCAAGAUGGUGAAAUUUGGUCUCCAGUUCAAAGCCACUCUGGAAAACGUCACUAAUGUGAGACCGUUGGGCGACGAUUUCCGCUGGUUUCUGAAGCUGAAGUGUGGAAACUGUGGAGAGAUCCCAGAUAAAUGGCAGUAUGUGACACUAGAGGAGAGUGUGCCACUAAAAGGAGGAAGAAGCAGUGUCAGCAUGGUGCAGAAGUGUAAACUUUGUGCCAGGGAAAAUUCAAUUGAUAUCCUGGGAGACACAAUCAAACCUUAUAAUGCAGAGGACAGCGAGCACUUCAAGACAAUGGUGCAGUUUGAGUGUCGCGGUCUGGAGCCCAUUGACUUCCAACCUCAAGCUGGCUUCGCUGCACAAGGAGCCGAGUCUGUAACACAGUUUCCUGAAGUUAACCUGCAAGAAAAAAGACGUCUCACCAUCACAUCCCCGCCACUGGAGCGCAGAGAAGAGCGCCGGACUGUAUGCUGCUGAUGCUUAUGGUUCAGCUGUGGAGCCGCACGUCGUCAUCAUCAUCAUCAUCAUCAUCAACUGUAGAAAUCCAAGACAACAUCAAAUAGCUUUCAAUAAUAUCUUCUAAUGCUGUACAUGUAUCAUCAAGUAGCUUUUUAGAUUUCAUGUAGUUUUUGUGUGUAAAAUUGUGGCAGUGAACACGACUGUGCUGUGGCUUACAGAGCGCACUGGACACACACACAUUCUCACACUCUCCUACACACAUUCUCUCACACACACACUCUCCUACACACAUUCUCAC